GGCAGCAACAAAUCUAUGGAAAAGUAUCCUUGGGAUAUGAACUUUGAAGAAGUGGCCAUCGUCUUCUCCCAGGAGGAGUGGAGUCUUCUUGAUGAGGCUCAGAGAUUUCUGUACUGCGAUGUGAUGUUGGAAAUCUUUGCACUUAUAGCAUCUGUGGGUUGUUUGCAUAAACAGGAAGAUGAGGAGACACCUUCUGAGCCGAGUGUACCUGUAGAAGACGAGUCACAGGUCAGGGCUUCUGAGAAAGCUCCAGCAACCCAGAAGACCCAUUCCUGUGAGCAGUGUUUCUUAGUCUUAAAAGAUAUUUUGCAUCUGACAGAGUUACAAGCAGCAUACCUUGAGCAGAAAGCCUUCUUCAGUGACUCCUGUGUGAGAGACUUCUGUUCCAGUGUAAACCUUCACCAGCAACAGAGGAAUGCCAGUGGAGAGAAGCCCUGGGUAGGAGAUAUGGGCAGGGCCUCUUCUGUGACCUGGUGCACCUUCUACAUAUCAAUGGCGCCUUUCAUCUGUAGGGCAGUUGGGGAGGACUUCCCAACCAUUUCAGACCAUUUUCAGCACCAGGCUUCUAACAGUGCAGAACCACACAGUGGCAGUGAAACUGGGCAGGCAUUUCUCAGUGGAAAAAGUCAUCACAAGUGGGGCGAGUGUGAAGAAGCUGCCUUCCACAAUCAGAAACUUGUUCACCAUCAGGGAGACUAUUCUGGAGAAGGGCUUUAUGAGUAUAGCAAAUAUGGAAAGACCUUUAGUAAAAAGUCAAGCCUCAUUCCACAUAGGAGAGUUCACAUUGGAGAAACGCCUUACGAGUGUAGUGAUCGUGAAAAGUCCUUUAGCCGAAGCUCUUUCCUUAUUCAACACCAGAGAAUUCACACUGGAGAAAAGCCAUAUGGCUGUAGUUACUGUGGAAUGUCCUUCAGACAUAGAUCCAAACUCAUUGAACACCAUAGAAGUCAUACUGGUGAAAGGCCUUACAAGUGUACUAAGUGUGGGAAAUCUUUUAGGCGCAAAGAUCACCUCCUUAAACAUGAGAGAUUUCACACUGGAGAAAAGCCUUAUGAGUGCUGUGAAUGUGGGAAAACCUUUAGACGAAACUAUAACCUCCGUCAACAUAAGAAAGUUCACACUGGAGAAAAGCCAUAUGAGUGUCAUGAUUGUGGGAAGUCCUUCAUCCAAAACUCUAGCCUCACUGAACACCGGAGAUAUCACACUGGAGAAAAGCCAUAUAAGUGCAGUGUUUGUGGGAAAUGCUUUGGACAACGCUGGAGUCUUAUUCAACACCGUCAAGUUCAUUCUGGAAAAAAUCCUUUUGAGUGUGGUGAAUGUGGGAAAUCUUUUAACCGCAAAUCUCAACUUAUUAGACACAAGACUGUUCACAUUGUAGAAAUGCAGUAUGAGUGUUGUGACUAUGGAAAUUCCUUUAGCCUAAGUUCUGCCCUCAUUCAACACCAGAGUGUUCACACUGGAGAAAAGCCAUAUGAGUGUCAUGAUUGUGGGAAGUCCUUCACAUGUAGCUCUAAGCUCAUGGAACACCACAGAAGUCACACUGGUGAAAGGCCUUACGAGUGUAGGAAAUGUGGGAAAUCUUUUAGGCGCAAAGAUUACCUCCUUAACCACGAGAGAGUUCACACUGGAGAAAAGCCUUACGAGUGUAGUGAAUGUCGGAAAACCUUUGGACGAAAAUAUAACCUCCUUCAACAUAGGAAAGUUCACACUGGAGAAAAGCCAUAUGAGUGUUGUGAUUGUGGGAAGUCCUUCAGCCUAAACUCUAGUCUCACUGAACACCAGAGAUGUCAUACUGGAGAAAAGCCAUAUGAGUGCAGUCUUUGUGGGAAAUGCUUUAGACAGCGCAGCAGUCUUAGUCAACACCGUCGAGUUCAUUCUGGAAAAAAUCCUUUUGAGUGUGGUGAAUGUGGGAAAUCUUUUAACCUCAGACCUCAACUUAUUAGACACAAGAGCAUUCAUACUUUAGAAAAAGACAUGAACUUUGAAGAAGUGGCCGUUGCCUUCUCCCAGGAGGAGUGGUGGCUCCUUGAUGACGAUCAGAGACUUCUUUACUGCAAUGUGAUGCUAGAAAUCUUUGCAUUUGUAGCAUCUGUGGGUUGUUGGCAUAAACUGGAAGAUGAGGAGGCGCCUUCUGAGCCGAGUGUACCUGUAGGACAGUCACAGGUCAGGCCUGCUGAGGCAGCUGCAGCAACCCAGAAGACCCAUCUUUGUGAGCGUUGCUUCUCAGUCUUGAAAGGUAUUUUGCACCUGACUGAGUUCCAAACUGCAUACCUUGAGCAGAAAGCCUUCUCCAGUGAUGCCUGUGUGAGAGGCUUCUGUUUCAGUGUAAACCUUCACCAGCAACAGAGGGAUGCCAGUGGAGAGAAGCCUUGGGUAGGAGAUAUGGGCAGGGCCUCUUUUGUGACCUGGUGCACCUUCUACAUAUCAAUGGCACCAUUCACCUGUAGGGCGGUUGGGGAGGACUUCCCAACCAUUUCAGGCCAUUUUCAGCACCAGGCUUCUAACAGUGCAGAACCACACAAUGGCAGUGACACUGGGCAGGCGUUUCUCAGUGGAAAAAGUCAUCACAAGUGGGGUGAAUGUGAAAAAGCUGCCUUCCACAAUCAGAAACUUGUUCACCAUCAGGGCGUCUACUCUGGAGAAGGGCUUUAUGAGUGUAGCAAAUGUGGAAAUACCUUUCAUCAAAAUCAAAAGUCAAGCCUCAUUCCACAUAGGAGAGUUCACACUGAAGAAAAGGCGUGUGAGUAUCGUGUUUGUCGGAAAUGCUUUAGACAGUGCAGUGGUCUUGCUCAACACCAUCAAGCUCAUUCUGGAAAAAAUCCUUAUGAAUGUGGUGAAUGUGGGAAAUCCUAUAGCGAUACUUCUGGCCUCAUUCGUCACCAGAGAGUUCAUACUGGAGAAAUGCCAUAUAAAUGUAGUGAUUGUGGAAAAUGCUUUAGCCAAAAAUAUAGACUCAUUCGACACCAAAGAAUUCACACUGGAGACAAGCCGUAUGAGUGUAGUGAUUGUGGGAAGUCCUUCAACCAGCGCUCUGCUCUCACUCAACACCAGAGAAUUCACACUGGAGAAAAGCCAUAUAAGUGUAGUGAUUGUGGGAAGUCCUUCAGCCGAAGAUCUGUCCUUAAUCAACACAAGAGAAUUCACACUGGAGAAAGGCCGUAUCAGUGCAGAUAUUGUGGAAAGUCCUUCAGACAGUACUCUAAGCUCUUUAAACACCACAGAGUCCACACUGGUGAAAGGCCUUAUGAGUGUAGUAAAUGUGGGAAAUCUUUUAUCUGCAAAGAUUACCUCCUUAAACACGAGAGAGUUCACAAUGGAGAAAAGCCUUACAAAUGCAAUGAAUGUGGGAAAACUUUUCGAAAAUCAUCGCUUUUUUCAACACAUGAAAGUUCACACUGGAGAAAAGCUUUAAAUGUACUGGGAAUGUUUUAUUUCCUCAGUAUUACUAACAACACUAGAGGAGACUGUUUCAGAGCUAUUUACCUGAAUUGCAAUCUCUUCUAGCUGAACAUACUCUGUUCCAGAUUUCUUAUGAGUUUCAGGUACAAACAAGGCUUUAAGGUGCUGCAUUGCACUUUAUAACCUGUCCAGGGCUAUUACCAGAUGGGUAUUACUCCCAGUUUUUAUGGCUGAAGCCAUUUGACCUUUACCACCUGACUCACCUACAAAGUGUGCAUCAGUCACAGCCCCUACCUGCUCAGGGAAUGUGACUUGUCUUUUUUAUUUUGCUUGAGAAAAUUAUGAAUAGUCUGAGCUCUUGGUGAGAUCCUCAUUCCUGUCUCUGACAAGGGAAUGGCCCUGACCCAGUGUUGCUUCAGAGGACCCAUCCUUAGCUAAGAAAGGCUGAGGGACAUUGUUAUUCUCAUAUUAUGCCAUGAAUUUUAAUAGGUUCUCAUUCACAAACUUGGGUACUGCUUGAUGCACACUGCUCUGGUUUAUGAUAAUUUUGUGAAGGUCAUUUUGCUUUUGUGCCUUUAAUUUUGGUUCUGUUUACUGUGCGGGAUGAUUUGAAAGCAAAAUUGUGACCUGUCAACAUGUAGAGGUAAGCAGAUUAUGUGGGGAUCCCAAACUUUCUGUCCUCUGAAAGGGACAAAAUGGUGGCAGAAAAUUGAACCCAUACUGAUGCUUGCUCCCCAGUUUUCUGAUAAUAAAUAAUAGCAAGGUUUCACA